UAUUACAAAAUAAUUUGGAUCUGAAGAAACAAUUACCAAGUUCAUCUUGUUUAUUCGUCAAAAAAAAAAAAGUUCAUCUUGUUUCGGAUCCAAAGAUCUACCUACCAAGUUCAUCAAACACCACAUACAUCCUUGUUUUGUUUUUCUUCUCUAACCUCAAAUAUUAUUAGUUAUCUCCAACCUCCAAUCUUGUUCGUAGAUCUGAGAAAAGGUGGAAUGGAAAAUAACGAAAAUGAAGUUAUCGGCGAAGAAGAAGAAGUGCAUUCCGUAAAUUUUGUAAAUGAAGAGCAGGGUAAUGAAGUUGAUCUACAAUCUGGGGCCGAGGCUGAAGGCAGCUGCAAUAAUGGACAUUCUGAUACUGAUAGUGAUAGUGAUGAAGAUGAACAUGAUAUCGGUUCUGGUGGCUGCACAUUUGGUCAAGAAACAGCAGUUGAUGGUCCAGAAGAUAUUGCCAAAGUUAAUUUUACGCAAGUAAGUGUGGAAGAUUUAAUGUUGUUCCACUUUCCGGAUGUUUCUGUGGCUUUCAUGUUUUAUAACUGGUAUGCAAGCACCAAAGGAUUUGCUGGUAGGAGGGAUAGGGUAGUGAAAAAUUGUAGGGGAGAAAUUACACAACAGACUUUUGUGUGCCAUAGACAAGGUCACAGAAUGGAAAAUGAUAGGAAUUAUAUUCGUAAAAGGAAAGCAAAGCCUAAAUCUAGGUGUGGUUGUGAUGCGAGAUGUCAGGUUCAUGUGGAUUCCAACUGUGGACGGUGGUACAUUAAUUUUAUAUGUGAUGUGCACAACCAUUCAUUUGUUGACAAAGUUUUUAGUGGUAUGCUUCCAGCACAUAGGAAAAUGAGUGAGUAUGACAAGUAUCAAAUGAGCAUUAUGAGAAAUGUGGGGGUGAAGACAAGACAUAUAUUUGGUUUGUUUGCUCAUCAGGCAGGAGGUUACGACAGAGUAGGUUAUCGUAAAGUGGACAUGUAUAAUGAGCAACAAAGGCAAAGACAGAACAGUGGAUGUGAUGCAAAAAAGACGCUGGAUUUUCUAAAAGAGUGUUCAAUGAAAGAUGAUGGUUUUUAUUGGAGGCACACUGUAGACAAAGACGGUGGUCUAGAGCACUUGUUCUGGUGUGAUGGUACUGCUCGGAAGGAUUGGUCUGUUUUUGGGGAUGUGCUGGCCUUUGAUGCCACAUAUAAAAAAAAUAAAUAUUUGUGUCCCGUUGUGGUAUUCUCUGGGGUUAAUCACCAUAAUAAGAGUAUUGUGUUUGCUGCUGCUGUUGUUAUAAAGGAGACUAAUGAAACAUAUGCCUGGUUGCUUGAAAGCUUUCUUGAGGCUAUGGGUGGCAAGAGUCCAAUUUCGGUGAUUACGGAUGGUGAUAAUGCUAUGCGCAAUGCUGUUAAAAAGGUAUUUCCAAGUGCUCGUCAUCGUCUUUGCGCCUGGCAUUUGUUACGCAAUGCUAACGCUAAUGUGAAAAAUCUGCAAUUUGUAACAAAGUUUAAGCAAUGCAUGCUAGGAGACUUUGAUGUUACUGAGUUUGAGCUUAGGUGGGAUAAGAUGGUUGCGGAGUUUGGACUUGAAAACAACAUAUGGAUUUCUGAAUUGUAUUCAAAGCGGGAAAUGUGGGCAACAGCCCACAUUAGGGGUAAUUUUUUUGCUGGAUUUAGGACAACAUCUCGAUGCGAGGGACUACACUCAGAAUUCGGUAAGUAUGUAAAUUUAAAGGUUAAUUUGUUGGAUUUUAUGAAACAAUUUAUGCGUUGGAUCAAUUACAUGCGGUUUAGAGAAGUUGAGGCAGAUUUUACGUCAUCAUUUGGGGAUCAUGUGUUGCAAUCACCAUUGGUUAAGUUGGAAGAGUCUGCUGCAAAAGUGUACACGCGUGAGAUAUUAAAUAUGCUUGUCCCAAUAUUUAAUAGGUCGUGUACAUGUAGGGUGAGCGCCAGAAAACAGAGUGGUUCGUUGUUUACCUUUUGUGUUGUUAGGUAUGGUAAGAAAGGUGUGAAUUGGAAUGUUACAUUAUGUCAAGCAAAGCUCGAGUUCAAGUGUUCAUGUCUAAGAAUGGAGUCAUAUGGUAUUCCUUGUGAACAUUUGAUUUGUGUGUUUGUGUCACUUGAAAUUGUUAACAUGCCAGGGUGUGUCAUCAUGCCUAGAUGGACCAAAUCCGCAAAGGAUUCAAUUCCUGCUUUUGAAGGAAAUGAUAAUUGUUGUAGUGAUCCUGCUUCAGUUAGUGCUUUCUUGUGGAUUGUCGAGUCGUGUAAGAGGAUGGCUAAUGCUGCAGUUCGAAGUGGAAAAAAAGAACAUAUAAGGACAACCGUAGACAUGGUUGCAAGACACACUGCCUCGCUGGAGUCUAUAUGUAAUGGGACUGAAACUGAGUUGACAUACAAGAAUCCUUAUAUGGAGGGUGCAGUGAAGAAUCCAGUUAGAGCAAGAAGCAAAGGUUGUGCUGGUCCAUCGUGUUCCCAAACCAAAUUAAAAACACCAAGGAAAGUGUAUGUUUGCGGUGCAUGUGGGAGAAAGGGGCACAAUAGAAAGUCAUGUAACAUUCGAAGUUCAAGUCAGGUAGUUGAAGAUGAGUAUGAAGACAUGAGUAUGGACGAGGAUCUUAAUGUCAUAGAUACGGAUGUCUGAGUUGAACCAUGAAGGUUGUUAUGGAGAGAAAAAGGCUUGGAUAUUAUUGAUGUCUAUGUAUUUUUAUUUUUUAGUAUUUAUGUGAUGUGAUAAUCUUGUAGUAACAUAAUUUAUUUUGGUGGAAUUUUUAAUGGCGUGUUGGUGUGUUGUGUUAAAUAAUUUAAUUAUACAUGAAUUGUGCAAUUAAUUGAA